GGCGGAGCGGCGCUGCGGUGCAGGCGUCCUGGCCCGUGUAGCCGCCCGCCCGGAAGUGGCGGCGGGCCCGCGCCAUGGCGGGGACGGCGCUGAAGCGGCUGAUGGCCGAGUACAAGCAGCUGACGCUGAACCCGCCAGAAGGGAUUGUCGCAGGUCCCAUGAAUGAAGAGAACUUCUUUGAAUGGGAAGCUCUGAUAAUGGGUCCUGAAGACACCUGUUUCGAGUACGGGGUUUUCCCUGCUAUUCUGAGCUUUCCGCUGGACUACCCGUUAAGUCCUCCGAAGAUGAGGUUCACGUGCGAGAUGUUCCAUCCAAACAUUUACCCAGACGGGAGGGUUUGCAUCUCUAUUCUUCAUGCUCCCGGGGAUGAUCCCAUGGGGUACGAGAGCAGCGCUGAGCGGUGGAGCCCCGUGCAGAGCGUGGAGAAGAUCCUCCUGUCGGUUGUGAGCAUGCUGGCAGAGCCAAACGAUGAAAGCGGAGCCAAUGUAGACGCCUCCAAGAUGUGGCGGGAAGACAGAGAACAAUUUAACAAGAUUGCCAAGCAGAUCGUGCAGAAGUCACUUGGACUUUAAGCUCACAAAGAGACUGAGGUGUUUUGUAUUUCUCUCCACCUGAAAACGAGCAGUGCUCAGUGCUGGUACCAAAAAGGAAAACUUUGCAAAACUAUCGGCCUAGUUCUUCUUAUCGUUUGUUAUUUAUUUGCCAUCUCCGUUCUUUUUCCGCUGCUCCAGAGAAGCCUUUAGUUCACUCACUAAAUUGUGUGGAAAAGGGAUUUAAUAUUAGGGAAAAAUAUGGAGACAAUGCUGUUUCAAAGGCUGCUUGUUGCUACCUCACUUCAUGGCAUGGAAAACUUGGAGACUUUGCAAUCUGCAGCCCGCCUUCGCCAAUCUGCUGUUUGAGAACAGAGCUGCUUCGGAUCACCUCCUGCAAGGAUUAGUUGUGUGUUUUUAUAGGUAGCAUUGCAUCUGGAGCACCAGUAGGCAGGAAAUAAUAGAUCAGUUUUAUGAUACUUGAUGUAUUAAGGACAGCGCUUGCAGUCAGAACUGAUUUGAAGAGGAUAGUUAGCUACGAAACAAGGUGAUAGGUGGGAUGUGUUAGCAAAGAAAGUGAUUGUGCAGGGUGUAACUUCAAGAGAAGAUCUAGAGAGUUGUUACCAGCGAUGGGCUGAGGGUCUAGAACAGGCUGGAGCUCCCGCGGAACGCUGUGAGUUUGUAUUGAGCCUUUGAGUCAGUGUUUGCUUGGAAGAAAUCCCAAGAGCUGCUUUAUUACUCCUUAAAGACACUUAAUUGUAAAAUUCACGCUCAAUUAGAGGUGUGAGACGUUAAGACUGGAUUCUUAAACGCUUGAUUGGGUUCGCCGUGGGCGAGGCAGGUCAUUGGCAGCCUGAAAACCCCGUGAGAGCAUGUCUGCUGCGCUGAGCGUGUGGAACAUCUCUGCACCAGCAUCGGCUCCUCUUCUCUGGAUGUGCGCGUCGCGAGGAUUUGGCACCGCUGGUCUUUGUCGUGACCGCACAGGUCACCUGCUUUUCAGGUGAACCAGCAAAGACUAACGCAAUGAACUUUGUAAAAUUAACUGUAACACUUCUUUACACUGACUGCUCUUGUGCGUUUAAAUACGAUUCAGAGAAGACGCUGCCUGUGCGUUGUAGAGGAUGGUACGACUGCAGUGUGGUGGGUGCGGAACGUGCCAGCCGCAACCACCCGUUUGUAAAACCGCGUGGGGGCCACCGGUGACCUUUGUGCUUCGCGAGCGAAUCGCCCGUGUGGCUCCGCAUCUUCUCCCAUUUACUACAAGCAAUAACAUGCCCAUUGAUAGCACGCGGAUUCCGAUGUUAUUGGCAGCUUUAAAUGGGCUAAAUCCGAGAAGGGCUUUUUUUUUAAAUCGUGUGAAAAGCACGUGGCAUAGAAGGAGUUGCAACGUGCAGAAAGCUUUCCGGAGGUGACGACGUGCAUGUGUACAACUAGCUCAUCAGUGUUUGCGUCUCGCCGUCCGUGCCGCAGAUGGCAGUGUGCCAUCGUUCUGCCUCUCAACUGCUGCAACUCGCUGGUUUUUUCACCUCCUUGCAGAAGGAAUUCUUCUUGCUUUGGCGCAAGGGCAGGAGCAGGACGCUGACAUAGCUUGGCAGCAGAGGUGAUGAAGUAGUGUUGUAUCUAACUAGUAUUUCGAGGCAUACAGGAAGAUGGAGCACUUGGUGUGAACUGGGAGCACUUUGGAGUCGUAGGGUGUUGCUCCUGGGAGCUGGAAACGGCGCUGGCACACAGGGCAGAAAUGGGCUCUUUUUCAGCGCGGGGUAUUUUAUUCGUGUGUGCUCACUAGUUAUUUUAUGGUGGGAUUUGGUCUGUAUACUGAAAAUAAAGUGAUUCUAUUUUCUCCUUUCAUAGAUGUAUGAAAA